UCACCUGAAGAUAGUUAUACUUAUCUCUAUAAAAAAAUCGUUAAAGCCAAAACUCAAAAUGAUUCUGCUAGUCAAAGGGUUUUAUUUUGUUACUUUCAAUUCAGAAAGAAGAUAUACGAGCACCUAGACUAUUAUAAGAAUGAAAAAAAGUAUCGUGAUCGCAUGGCCCAGAGUAAGGUAGAUAAAGAAAUUAAGGAGCAGUUGCCUGAGGGG